AGUGAGGCAACUUCCGAGCGGCGCUCCAGCCAAAAGGGCAAAGCCUCCGGCGCCGAGAGGGAGGCUGCUUUUGCCGGGAGAAGGAAACAUGCCCAGGAGACUCAGGGGGAGGCGCGCUCCUUCGGGCUGAACGUCUGCUGAGACCUCGGGUUGGGGAAAAGAGAGAAGGAAGGAAGGAGGAGAAGGAGAAGCUGCCUCCGAAGCCCCUCGGCCCGCCGCUCCUGCGAUGGGGAGCCACGAAGCGGCCACUUUGGAGCCCAGCGAGUUCCCCCCAGACAAUGACAGACCACAAGUUGCCUUUGAUGAAUCCAGACGGCUCAGCAAAGAACAGAUGUUUAUAUUGAUAGCAACAGCAAGUGUCAACUUCAGUUCAAUGAUCUGCUAUUCAAUCCUGGGGCCCUUUUUUCCAAAAGAGGCAGAAAAGAAAGGUGCUAACAGUACAAUAGUUGGAUUCAUUUUUGGAUGCUUUGCUUUAUUCAACUUCCUGGCGUCUUUGAUCAUGGGAAAGUAUCUUGUACAGAUUGGAGCAAAGUUUAUGUUUGUUACUGGAAUGCUUGUUUCAGGAAUUGUAACAAUUCUCUUUGGGCUGUUGGAUAAAGCCCCAGAUGGGCCCAUGUUCAUAGGACUCUGUUUUUUGGUCCGAGCAGUGGAUGCAAUUGGUUUUGCUGCCUCGAUUACUGCUUCAUUUUCUAUUAUCGCAAAGGCAUUCCCCAACAACAUAGCUACAGUUAUGGGCAGCCUUGAAAUUUUUACUGGACUGGGGCUAGUAUUGGGGCCCCCUAUUGGUGGCUUUUUAUACCAGUCAUUUGGCUAUGAAGUCCCUUUCAUUGUACUUGGAAGCUUAGUUCUGCUUAUGGUGCCUCUCAAUAUGUAUCUCUUACCAAAGUACGAUUCAACUCCUGGUAAAGAUUCAUUCUGGAAGCUUGUUAUUAUACCCAAAGUGAUCCUCCUCUGUCUUACAAUAUUUUCAUUAAGUGCAUGCUUAGGUUUCCUAGAUCCUACGAUGUCCCUAUUUGUCUUGAAAAAGUUCAAACUGCCUGCUGGCUAUGUUGGACUUGUCUUCUUGGGGUUGGCACUCUCCUAUUCCUUAUCCUCACCAUUACUUGGUUUUCUUAGUGAUAAAAAGCCGCAUUCAAGGAAAUGGCUAAUAGUCUUUGGAGGUCUACUGACAGCACUGUGCUAUUUUUUCUUGGGACCAGCACCCAUUUUUCAUAUAGAAAGCAAACUUUGGCUCUUUGUUCUAAUGUUGGUUUUGAUUGGUUUUUCUCUUGGAAUGAAUGGUAUGCCAGUAUUCCCUGAGAUACUCGGCUGUGCAUAUGAGAAUGGAUUUGAAGAAGGAUUGAGCUUGCUAGGGCUGGUCUCUGGGCUCUUCAGUGCAGUAUGGUCACUUGGGUCUUUUGUGGGUCCAACAUUAGGUGGAUUUCUUAAUGACAAGCUGGGUUUUGAAUGGGCUGCAGCCAUUCAAGGUGGAUUCCCACUGUUAAGUGGGAUCGCUGUAGGAAUAUUCUAUAUCUAUGAGACCUCACAUAGAAGAAGAUCCAGUCACGAAAACCUGUUGGCCACAGAACAAGAAAGAACUCAUCUAUUAUCAAGUGAAACGUAGCUGGAAAUGUUUACUGUUCCAGGCUGAAACCUGACAUCUGGUGGCAUAUUUAGAAGCCUAACGCACAAACAAAGAGUAAUAAAUACUUAUAUGUGGCCAUCCUUUUCAUAAUGAUCCAAUAUGACCUCUGGAUUCUGGAACUGUAAUGCACCUCUCCAUUAUCAGAAGAAAUGCCUUCAAAAAUAUUUCUGUAAUAAACUAUUUGAAUUGGCUACAUCUGAGACUGGCAAAGAUAGUAGAUGGAGAGAGAACAAUUGUGCACUGUGAAAUAUGUUAUGUAUUUCUCUGCUUUUGUACUUUAACAUCACAAAUAGAGUCAGUACUAAAUAAAUCUGCAGGUUCAGUUUCUUAAGAAGUAUAUUUUGUUCAUACAUUUCAAAGAAUAUUACACUGAACUUUUUAAUGAAUGUUAUAACAUUGUUUGCUUACUAAUUUAAAAUAAAGAAUGAAACACUAUCAUUUAUAAAAAAAAA